CCGCCGAUAUCUGAGCUCAAGGCGGCGUGGUGCGGAUGAGUGACCCACAACUCAUCAAGGAAAUCAAGCAGGCUGUGACUAUCCCCGUCAUGGCUAAAGCUCGUAUCUGUCAUUUCGUCGAGGCCCAGAUCUUCGAAGCCAUUGGCAUCGAUUAUGUAGACGAGAGCGAGGUUCUCACUCUUGCCGAUGAAAAAAACCACAUUAACAAAUACAAUUUUCAGAUUCCUUUCGUUUGUGGGUGCCAGAAUUUGGGGAAAGCGCUUCGGAUAAUCAGAGAAGGAGCUGCUAUGAUUCGAACCAAAGGUGAAGCCGGGACCGGGAAUAUCAUCGAAGCCGUUAGGCACAUCAGAUCCGUGAUGAGUAAUAUCAGAGUUCUUAGGAACAUGGAUGAAGACGAGGUUUUCACCUUCGUUAAAAAAAUUCAAUCCCCCUACAAUUUGGUUAUGCAUACGAAGCAGCUAGGGAGGUUGCCAGUGGUUCAGUUAGCCGCAGACAGAGUGGCGACGCCAGUUGCUGCGGCGUUGAUGAUGUAG